GUAAACUUUUUCUUACAGGUGCAAUUCCUAAAAGAUAUAAGCUGACUAGCAAGUGAGGAAAGGAACCUGCUAAACUCAGAGAACAGAGUGUUCUGGCAGCCCUGCAUGCUGGAGAGGGCCUGCGAGCAGACGGCACAGCGCUGUUUACCCUGAAGAGGCGAGUGUGUGUGCUGGAAAGCGCUGACCGCUCUAAUGGAUCGCAUGGAGCUGCACAAAGUCAACAUCGAGCCUGACGACCAGAGCAACAGCGCCGAGAGCCUGGAAGACAACUACACGGAGCCGGCUGCUUCCGAGAAGGCUGCCAUGGGCAGUCCCUUUGCUAAUGAUGAUGCAGAAAGUCAUAAGUUCCUUACAAAUGGAUAUCUGGAUAAAAAGAAAUUAGAAGACUAUAAUGAAGAAUAUCACAGGGGUAGAACUUCCUUUGGAAUGUCCUCGUUCAACCUCAGCAAUGCCAUUAUGGGCAGCGGCAUCUUAGGGCUCUCCUAUGCCAUGGCCAACACAGGAAUUAUCCUUUUCAUAGUUUUGCUGCUCAGCGUAGCAGUAUUGUCACUCUACUCAGUCCACCUUUUACUGAAGAUAUCAAAGGAAGGAGGAUCAUUAAUAUAUGAAAAACUGGGAGCAAAGGCAUUUGGCUGGCCUGGGAAGUGUAGUGUUUUCAUUGCAGUCACGAUGCAGAAUAUUGGAGCAAUGUCAAGCUACCUCUUCAUUAUUAAAUAUGAACUUCCUGAAGUCAUCAGAGCUUUUAUGAAACUUGAGGAGAAUUCUGGAGAAUGGUACCUUAAUGGGAACUACCUCGUCAUACUUGUAACAGUUGUGGUUAUUCUUCCCCUCUCCCUUCUAAAAAGCUUAGGUUAUCUUGGUUAUACGAGUGGGUUUUCGCUGACCUGUAUGGUUUUCUUUGUCAGUGUGGUGAUCUUCAAGAAAUCCCAAAUACCUUGUCCUCUUCCCAUCAUGCACCACGGAGUUGAAAACUGGACCACCACCAAUAACACAGUGCCAAUGCACCUGGUCAUGUUAUCAAAUGGGUCACUUGGUUCUGGUGUGAAUUUCAUGAUGGACAACACAGCUGGGCACUUCCCAAGCCUUGAGGAGCCAAAAGAUACCUCCCCAAAAAGCGGUGUAGAAUACGAAGCACACAGCGACAACAGUGACAAGUGCCAGCCAAAAUACUUUGUGUUCAACUCACGGACUGCCUAUGCAAUACCCAUCCUGGCAUUUGCAUUCGUAUGCCACCCUGAGGUGCUACCAAUAUACAGUGAACUCAAAGAUCGCUCCCGAAAGCGGAUGCAGAACGUCUCAAAUAUCUCCAUCACUGGCAUGCUCAUCAUGUAUCUUCUGGCUGCCCUCUUUGGAUACCUUACCUUCUAUGGAGAAGUUGAAGAUGAGCUACUUCACACAUACACUAAAGUGUACACCUUUGACGCCCUUCUGCUGUCAGUUCGCCUGGCAGUGCUGGUGGCUGUGACCCUGACUGUGCCCCUUGUCCUCUUCCCUAUCCGUUCAUCUAUCAGUGCAUUGCUGUUUCCCAAAAGGCCAUUCAGCUGGAUAAGACAUUUCCUGAUUGCAGCAGUAAUUUUGGCUUUUAAUAAUCUGCUCGUAAUUUUUGUCCCAACUAUUAAAGACAUUUUUGGAUUUAUCGGUGCCUCUUCUGCUACAAUGUUGAUUUUCAUCCUCCCUGGUGCCUUCUACCUGCGAAUUGUUAAGAAGGAGCCCCUAAGGUCUCCCCAGAAGAUUGGGGCUCUAAUUUUCCUCAUAGUUGGCAUAAUCUUCAUGGUUGUGAGUAUGACUCUUAUUGUAAUGGACUGGAUUUACAAUCCCCCAAGUUCAAGACAUCAUUAACCUGUGAAGACAACCAAGUGCUUUUUAUAACAUAUAAAUAUUUGUAUUGUGUGCUCUGAAGAACACCUGAAUGGGAUUGCGAUUCCUAGCUAGUAACUGCAAUACUUUGAAGACAGUUUCUGGUAAGGUCACAAGAACCCAAUGGAGUCUAUAUCAUCCUUGUCAAUAAGGAUUGUUAUUUAUGCAUUAGGAAUCUGAGCUUAGCAUUUCUGGCCAGAUGAAAUGAAAAGUGUGGUGUGAAUGCUUUCUGUUUUCAAAACCAAAAUAACUUUGUACAUAGUCCUCAAACAUAGCUUGGUGUCACCCCUUUCAAAAUCUCCCAUGAUGAUAGUAACCACAGUUCCUAGAGCCUUGGAAAGGCAAUGGCUAGAAAUCCAGCCAGUGCCUUGUUUUUGAUCUGAAGAUUGUGGGGGUGGCUGCCCAGGUCCAAGAGAAGGGAUAUGAUUUCUGGAGGGGAUCUGGAAGGUGAUUCCUCUCUGCCUGAUAGACUGACCUGCCUAUUGGAAAGACAAAGGCUUUGACAAGCCCGUGGACAAAGCUGAGUAUUAGAUUUGUUGCCCAGAUUCACUGCUCAGCUGUUGUACAGAAUAAAACUCUCUGACACAGGUUCUCUGUUGGGGCACGUGCUUGAAGAACAGUAGGGUAUUCUCAUUUUGUUUUUAAAGAUGCCUGUGCUGGAAAUAUCAGUCAAUUCUGUUGUAGGGUUUUUUUUGUUCUUUAAU